UUCCGCUUGAAGGCUCUGACACCCGCGCGCAUGGACCGACUGCAGCGUCUCUUUGGCAACCUGCCGGGCCUUCCGGGCCAGGGCGGCCCCGGCGCCGACGGCCCGCUGGUCGACACGGCCGAGAAGGUGCACAUCUCGUCGCUGGCGCUGCUCAAGAUGCUCAAGCACGGCCGCGCCGGCGUGCCGAUGGAGGUCAUGGGCCUGAUGCUGGGCGAGUUCGUGGACGACUACACGGUCAACUGCAUCGACGUGUUCGCCAUGCCGCAGAGCGGAACGGGCGUGAGCGUCGAGGCCGUGGACCCCGUUUUCCAGAUGAAGAUGCUGGAGAUGCUCAAGCAGACCGGCCGAGCCGAGAUGGUCGUGGGCUGGUACCACUCGCACCCGGGCUUCGGCUGCUGGCUGUCGGGCGUGGACAUCAACACGCAGCAGAGCUUCGAGGCGCUGAACCCGCGCGCGGUGGCUGUGGUCGUGGACCCCAUUCAGAGUGUCAAGGGCAAGGUGGUGAUCGACGCCUUCCGCCUCAUCAACCCGCAGCUCAUGAUGAUGGGCCAAGAGCCGCGGCAAACCACGUCCAACAUCGGCCAUCUGAACAAGCCGUCCAUCCAGGCGCUGAUCCACGGACUCAACCGCCAUUACUACUCGAUCGCGAUCGACUACCGCAAGAACGAGCUGGAGGAGCAGAUGCUCAUGAACCUACACAAGAAGACGUGGAGCGACGGCCUCGUGCUCACCAAGUUCGAGGACCACUCCAAGGAGAACGAGACAACCGUAAAGAGCAUGUUGGCGCUUACGGAGCAGUACAACAAGCGGGUUCAGGAAGAGGAGGAGAAGACCCCCGAGGAGCUGGAGGUGCUCAACGUCGGCAAGCUGGACCCAAAGAAGCACCUGGAGAACGACGUGUACGACCUUAUGGCCCUCAACACAGUGCAGUGCCUCGGUGCUAUGCUCGACACGAUCGUGUUUUAGAUCCACCGGCUUCAGACGGAGAGAACGAAGGUAGUGUGACUAACCAGAUGCGGACGCAAGAAAUGAAUAGUGUCUGCUCUCUU